AUGAAUCUAAGCUACCUCUUCUUCUGGACGACCAAGACAGCGGAAGAUAACGCCUGGCAUCCUGUACCUGGCCAGAAUCCAACCAAAUAUGUCGGCAACCUUCCAAUAUUAAUCAAACGUCAAGAUCUCGAGGCAGCAUGCGUUGAUAUAGCGCCCUUUAUUGCCUCAAUGGGGGCUUUAGCUUAUGUACGGCAAUUGAACGACUUUGGGUUCACGGCUUCUGCCAAUGUCUUCAAAAACCCCAAGACUCUGAUGGCCAUGCAUCGCACUACUUUGGUAGUCACACCGAUCGUGCUGCUCUGUCAAGCAGUUGGCAUCGAAUACAGGAGCUUCAUCCCACGCUGGAGUCAGGAACGUGAGCGUGGGCGAGAUGAGGAGAUGGUGCGGCAGCAAGUGGGCUUUGGUAUGCUUGCUGGCGUUGCGAGCUGGACGCUACGCAUAUAUGCCUUACGCCGGGGGCGAGCCUACUGGGCUCCUAUUGAUGUUGUCAUGGGCGGCGCAUUGGCGGAUGUCUUGCAUAGAGAGUAUGUGAGGGCUCACGGAUUCUGA